UUACACGCGUAUUCUCCAUUUUAUUUUAUUUUCUUUUUCUUCAAGCCAUCGUUGCAACCACCUAAUUCGAUCAAUCAACGCUCAUCUUUCAUCUUUGAAUCCGUCAAACACUCAUACAACACCUUCAAAUUCAUAUCUCAAUUUCCCCCAAAUUCAAUCCACUGUACGCUCCCUUCACAAUACUCCAUUCGUUCUUCAUUCUUGCUCAAUCAAACUGGUAAGAACCCUUUAAUUGUUAUGUUCAUUCACCCAAUUUGAUCAAUUACAUACUUCUUUUAGGGUUUCGGUUUGUUAAUCGAGGUCCUGAAGGCUUAAUUCGGUUCUAGAUCAACCCCUGUACAUAUCUAGGGUUUGUUAGGGUUUCGUUAUGGAAAAGCUUUGACCUUUUUGUGGUUUUUAGUUUUACCGGUUUAAUUCGUUAGAUUUUUCGUAAAUUCGUUGAAGAUUUAGUGAAAAGAUGUCGUCAGCCGGUGUUAUUGCUAUUAGCCCACGUAGUGAGGACUCGAUUUUGCCUUCGUGUCCUGAUUUUAAUCAAGAAGCGAUUAUGAUCCAUUUGGCUAUGUCGGGUUCGGUUGAGCCGAUGAGGGUGUUGGGAUCGGAUUCGAUUGAGUCGGUUAAGCUUCGGAUUCAGAGUUAUAAAGGGUUUGUUGUUAAGAACCAGAAGCUGGUUUGUGGGGGUAGGGAAUUGUCUAGAAGUAAUUCUUUGGUUAAAGAUUACGGUGUCGGUGAUGGGAACGUUGUUCAUUUGGUUGUCCGGCUUGCGGAUCUUCAAGUGAUUCAUGUGAAGACUUCGUGUGGGAAAGAGUUUACUUUCCGUGUGGAGAAGAAUCAUGACGUUGGGUAUGUGAAACGACGGCUUGCUAAGGGGAAGAAAGGGUUGGUUGAUAUCGAUGAACAAGAAGUUUUGUUCGAGGGGCACAAGCUUGAGGAUGAGAGACUUAUUAACGAUAUUUGUAAGAAUAAUAGUGAUGCGGUUAUCCACUUAUCUGUUAGAAAGUCUUUAAAGAUUCGAGCUAGACCCGUAGAGAAGAACUUUGAGCUGUCGGUUGAUGCACAACAAAACGAUUCGAAGAAAGAUGAUCUUGCUGACAGACAACUUAGGAGUGGGGCUCAUGGUAUAGAGUAUUACGGUUCGGUUCCUAACAAAGGUUUAAGUGGAAGUACCUGGUUGGAACCGGUGAUUGUUAACCGAAAAGCUACAAUCCCUUCUGUAGUGUUAGACCUAAUUAACUCUACAUAUGAUGGUUUGUUGAAAGGGAAUUAUCCGAUAAGGUCUUCCGAGGGUACCGGUGGAGCCUAUUUUAUGACGGAUGCAUCGGGUACCAAAUAUCUCUCUGUUUUCAAGCCGAUCGAUGAGGAACCCAAGGCUGUAAAUAACCCUAGGGGACUACCCGUAUCCGAGGAUGGUGAAGGGCUUAAAAAGGGGACAACUGUCGGUGAGGGUGCGUUUAGGGAAGUUGCGGCUUAUCUUUUAGAUCACCCAAAAGGCGGACGCAGAUCUUUUUCUGGUGAACAAAUGGGUUUUUCUGGGGUCCCGCCUACCUUCUUAGCCACAUGUUUGCACAAAGGGUUUAACCAUCCGAAUGGUGUGAAAGAGAAGAUCGGUUCGUUACAGAUGUUCAUGGAGAACAAUGGAAGUUGUGAGGAUAUGGGUCCCGGUGCUUUUCCUGUCGAUGAGGUACAUAAGAUCUCCGUGUUGGAUAUUAGGAUGGCUAACGCAGAUAGGCAUUCCGGAAAUAUUUUGGUUAGCAAGGGGCAAGAUGGUCAAGUUGUUCUUAUUCCUAUUGAUCAUGGCUACUGCCUGCCCAAUAGUUUUGAAGAUUGCACAUUUGAUUGGCUCUACUGGCCACAAGCCCGCAAACCGUUUAAUCCCGAAACAGUUAGUUACAUCAAAUCACUGGAUGCUGAGGAAGACAUCGCUUUACUUAACUUUUACGGAUGGAAUUUACCCUCAGAAUGCGCACGCACUUUUCGUAUAUCCACUAUGUUGCUCAAGAAAGGUGUCGAGAAAGGAUUCACGCCUUUCAUUAUCGGAAACAUUAUGUGUAGGGAAAACAUAAAUAAGAAAUCCGUGAUUGAACAAAUUGUUGAAGAAGCAGAGGAUCUUGUUCUUCCUGGAUGCAGUGAGGCUGCAUUCAUGGAGGCGGUUUCUCAGGUCAUGGAUCGUCACCUAGAGAUUAUCGAAUAAUCGUCUAGGAAGGUUUAUGGAACUAUAAAUAACUAGCGUAUAAAUUUGGUUUAUUUUUUUUUUCUGUGUGUACAAGACCUUAUGUGCAUAUGUUCUUGGCACAUAUGUUUUAAAAUUCUUCAGUAGUUAAAGUUGGUUGCAUUUGACAAUUCUUUUGUUUGUUGUAGUUUGAUUUCGGGUUCUUUGGUUGGCCUGAAUUUGAGUUUGAGUGGAGUUGAAUCUUGUUGAUUAAUAUGUAUAUGCACAAAUGAUGUUAAUAACAGCCAAGGAUACAACUUCAAGAUCAA